GCACACACACGUCCACAAAGAAAGCGAAAGUCGUAAAAGCGUGAUGGACGGAGGGAUAGAGAAUUCUCCAGUCUUGUAGUGUGGAAGCGUGCCGUUAGUUGGAAGCGCUGGCCCAUCUCCAUGGCAACGGGCGGGCCAAUGGGCGCGCAGGAGAUUGUUUACAAGGGGGCGCGACCGCCGUUGCUCGGGUUACGUGUUCAGGUAUUAAAGAGGCGCCGUCGGGUUGCACGUCGUCUUCGUUUCCUUGCGUGGCUCUUUGGUGGCCCUCGCGCGCUCACGCACGUACACGCAAGUCACACGCAGGAGGGAGGCGCGCGCGCAAUUCACACCGAGGAGAGAGCUCGACUGCAGGUAUGCUCACAUCUUUGCUCUUUUGAUUUCGUUUCAAAUUUCGAUGCCGUUUCGUGGUCGCGGCGUCUCGACGUCAAAAAGCGCAAAUGUUUGUCGCGUUACGAAAUUUGAUCAUUGAAACAUGUGAACAUCAUUUGAAAAUGUCUUGGAAAAAAUAUUGCGCGUGACACUUUGCGAGCGAGGCAAGCACGCGCGCAGGUGUGAAGAGAAACUGACUAUUUUCAAAUGAGUCCUCACGCUCUCAUUCACACGGUCUCUCACUUCCUGCGUCCCUCACUUCAGUGCGUCCGUUCUCAUGUUCUCACUUCGCCACUCUCUGCAGUGUCCUCAACUGACAAGUGACCUCUUGCGGUCCCGCUCUCAUCUUCUCACUUAAAUGUGCUGGUGCGACUAAACUCAUCCCCUCACCGUCCUCAUUCCCUCAGUUCAAAUUACUAUUCACUCACUCACUCCACUGUGUUGACUCAUUUAUCAACUCACACAUUAAUUUACUCACUCGCUCAUUCGCACACUGUUUUCACUCACUUGCGCGCUCCCUCAGCCACUCACUUCAUUGUGUUGACUCAUUCACAAACUCAUCAGUUCAUUCACGCAUUCAUUUUUAGCUCACUCACUCACUCACUCACUCGCUGCAUUCCAUCAUUCAUUCACUCACUUGAGUGCAUCGUAUGUUUGCAGUCGUGUUGAGGAAGGCAAAGGCGAAGACGAGGAGGCAAUCAUCAUGGAGUCCUGCUACCAGGGGGGCUCCGAGGAGUGCGAGGGUCUGGAGGAGGUUUUGGUGGCAGCUGCGGCCCAAGCAGAGGCGGCAGGCGCAGUGGAGGCGGGCACCGCGGCGGAGGGCGUGGCUGGCGUGUCCUGGGGCGGCGCAGCCUCUCUGGACGAUAGCCUGACCAGCCUGCAGUGGCUUCAGGACUUCUCCAUCACCGGGGGCGGCGUCCCACCGGGCCGGCCGCCGCCACCUCACCGCCGCCACCUGCUGGGCUGGGAGGCCCCUGCCUCCCCACUGGCAGCCGACCCGGCCUCGGCGGGCCCGCCGCUCACGCCCGGGAAACCCACGGCGGCCGCCUACAGCCGGCUGUUGCAGCUGCCCGCCAUCGUGGCGCGUGGCCACUGCCCGGACGAGGUGGACUACAAGACGGACGCGGGCGUCAAGCCGCCAUACUCAUACGCGCACCUCAUCUGCAUGGCCAUGAAGCACAGCAAGCACAACAAGAUGACGCUCGCCGGCAUUUACAAGUGGAUAACUGACAACUUCUGCUACUUCAAGCAUGCCGAGCCCACAUGGCAGAACUCGAUCCGCCACAAUCUAUCGCUCAACAAGUGCUUCAUCAAAGUUCCCCGUCAAAAGGACGAACCGGGCAAGGGCGGCUUCUGGAAGAUCGACCCGCAGUAUGCCGAGCGCCUUCUGAGCGGCGCCUACAAGAAGCGGCGCAUGCCACCCGUCAGGAUCAACCCGGCGCUGCAGAGCCGGCUGGGGCUCGUCAUGCAGCCGCCCAAGAGUCCCGCUGGCACCCUGCGCGCCGACGCCCGUUCCCAGCGGCUCCUGCGGGAGUUUGAGGAGGCCACGGAGCAGACUUGGGACGCCUGCCUGGCCCAAGGAACCAUGUUGGGAUCUUGGCCGGCAUCCCGAGGCGGUGCCAAGAGGAAGUUUGGCCGUAGGAACGGCGGAGGCAAGACCAUCCGCCGCCCCAGCUCCCCGCUCCUCGCCGCAGAUGAGCAGAAAGAGAGCGGCCCCCUAAAGGGCGACUUUGACUGGGACGCCCUGCUGGACUCGGCGCUCAGCGGCGAGCUCAGCCUGGACGCCGGCGACACCCUGGGCCCCAUCAUUCAGGAGGACGAGCUAAGCGUGCAGGCCAGCGCCCCCGCGGGUGACGUGGACACACUUGCCGAGUCCCAAAAGUCCUUCCUGGGUCUGGGUUUCCUGGAGAGCCCCUGGCCGGAGGAAGACGUGGGGUCGGAGGUCGAACGCAGCGACUUCCUGUGUGGCUCCGGCGUCAAUCUGGAGCAACUGUUUGACCUUGGGGAACCCCCUACCGACUCCCUGCUCUGAGGUCACCCUCCAACCCGAACUUUUGAUACUCAUGGGACUUCCUGUUUACAUCACGUAUGAGGGAUGACAUUUCAACAUCCAUUUUCUGCACCCUGAUCUUCGAUAAAUAAGCUGGAACACAAAUCCAUGCAAUCAUCCAUCGAUACACACAUCCAUACAUUCAACAACCAUCCAAACGAGCUAUCGUCCAAAAAUCCAUCCAUCUAACAUUCCAUCAUCCAGCCAUCCAUCGAAUGUCCAACCAGCAAUGGAUGGGUCGUUGGAUACAUAGAUGAAUAGAUACAAAAAUCGAUUUAUUCAAACAACAAUCCCUCCUGCUAAACAUCCAACAACCCAACUCUCCGUCCAUCCGUCCAUCCAUUUCAGGAUGACUAAAGGCAGAGUACACCCCAAACUGGUUGCCAGGCAAUCGCAAGGUACAUCUGGACAAACGCACGUUCCCGCCUAUAAAAAAAGUUCUUGAUCUUCAAUGAGGCUAACAUGCUAACGGGAGAAAAACGAAGUUCCAGCUCUCAGAUUCCAGCCCUGAACCUCAAAACUCUUGAGGCAGAUGCCUUAACCCACUCGACAUUUGUUCAUGGGUGUCACCGAGAUCAAACUUCAAAAAUCACAUUGAUAUCAUAACAUAGUACUUACAGUUUUGGCUCCGCCUCCUCAGGCUCGACUUCCAGUCGCAAUGGACAAAUAUCCCUUUGUCGUUUGUUAGCGUUUGCCAAAUAAUGCCUCUGUUAACUUAGUGGACUUCGAAAGACAAGAUCAGUCAAAGUGAUGACCUGUGGUCAGAAGAAUGUCACGUGACCUGUGAACACACACAUGAGGAAAAGAAAGGACAGAAGUCAUGUGACUUAUAUUCCUGUGACAUCACAUCUCAAGAUUCAUUGGCUCUUCUGUUUUUUUAAUGCAAUUUUUUUCCAAACAAUAAAAAUGUCUUUUACUGCA